AUGUCCACCCCCACCUGGCUCAUCACAGGCGCAUCCUCAGGCUUUGGCGAGGCCAUUGCCAAGGAGGCUCUCUCACGAGGCCACACCGUGAUCGCGACUGCACGGUCGGCCAACUCCCUCAAACACCUGGCCGAGCUGGGCGCCAAGACGAUGGCGCUGGACGUAACGGCCUCGGACGCGGAGUUAGCCUCCAAGAUGGCCGAGAUUGGGCGUGUGACUCACGUGCUCAACACGGCGGGCUACCUGCUCGAGGCGGCGGUCGAGGAGGCGACGGCGGCCGAGAGCGAGGCCAUCUACCGGACCAACGUGCUCGGGGCCGUCAACAUCACCAAGGCCGCGAUGCCGGGCCUGAGGGCGGUGGCGGCCGAAGGCGCCGCGGGUGGUGUGCAGCCCGUCGUUGCGCACUUUGGCAGCCUGGGGAGCUGGAUCGGCGGCGCGGCGGCCGCGCACUACUGCAGCACCAAGUGGGCCGUCUCGGGCCUCUGCGAGGGGAUCCGCGACGAGGUGGCUGAGUUCGGCAUCGCCGCGUGCGCAAUCGAGCCCGGCUACUUCCGCACUGAAAUCCUCAACACGGCUAGCGGGAAGAGCAGGCGUGUGCAGGCCUCGGAGCCAAAGACCGACGUCUAUGGAGAGGACACUGCCGUCGGUAAGUACAAGGCGGCGCUGGAGGCUUACAACAACAAGCAGCCGGGCGAUGUGGUCAAGGGGGCAAAGGUCACGGUGGACGUUCUGACAAAGACGGGCGUCGCUGAGGGCAAGGAGAUCCCGCCGAGGUUGGUCCUGGGAAGUGACGUUGUCGAUGUCAUCAGGAAGAAAUGCCAAGAUACACUCAAGUUGUUGGAGGAGUGGGAGGACAUUGCAAAGUCGACCGAUUACGAGUAA